GACGACGUGUUUCACAUUCAGUUGCUCGACUGCUGCUGUGACUAUUUGUCCACUCUUAAAAAUCUACUGUCGUUUAGCUGAGUAUUGUUCGUGCGUGCCGCCGAUAUAGUUAUUCGCUAUCGUUCUCCACAUUUCGUUCGUUCCGUCAUCAUUCCUUUUAAUUGCAAGUUGCUGUGCUGAAAUUGCUGUUGCUACAUUGAUUACUGUUGCUGCUAUGCGAUUUCAUCAUUGUACCGAACGUCGUGGUGAAAAGUAGGCGCGCGGUGUGCGCGUUGUGUUUUUGAAACGAAGCAAACUAAAAAGUGAACUGCAAGAAUUGUUGCUAGUGACUAUGUGUAUGUGUGUGUGUGCAGCCGUUUGUGCGAAAUAAAAAUUUAAAUUAUAGUUUCGAGACUUGUUUUUGUGCUCUGCGCUUUUGAAAGUUUUAAACAAAAAAAAAAAGAAAAAAAGACGCACCGCUUUGGCGCCUGUCGCUGGUGUUGCCAGUAGUAUUUUUUUGGCUGCGUGUGCUAAGUUUAAUUUAUUGCUCAACAACAAUUCGAACAAACUACCAAAGCAAAAUGAGGCAGUCCGGAUCCACCGAUUCAAAGCCGGAAACCUACCAAGGUAACGCGAAAAUCUGCCGCUUAGUGGAGCUUUAUCCGUGCAUGUAUGAUCGCUCGCAUAUACACUACAUGAAGAAGGAUGUGUUGGAUAAGGCGUGGGACCAAAUUGCCAAGGAAGCGGGUGAAGAUGGCGGCCCCCUUCAUGUAACUGUGGCUUCUUUACAAGUGUGCGUACGUAAAUGUUUUCUUAAAAAAACCUCAAAUAUUGUAGUGAAAAUUAAAUUUUUUUUUUGCAAAUUAUAUCCUCGGCAACUGAUUGGAAAUAUUCGAGUCGAUCGCGUUUUAAUUCUGCUGAGAAUCUAUAUUUUAAAGCUGUCUUUCUGCUGCAGGGGGAACCACCAGUCUAUGAAAUUUCAUACAAUUGCAGUAUGCAAAGACCACUGGCGCAACAUUCGUACCUCCUUUGCGCGUUCCAUUAAUAUCAAUAAAGUGCCAUCCAGCGCGAAUCGUACCAAACCCUAUUACCUACACAAAGAACUGCAAUUUCUUGCACGUCACAUUACACCCGGUAUACCGGUGUCACGCCGCUCAAGACGGAGCGAAAUGAUUGAGGUUCCAAUGGGAGAGGAAUCAUUUGAUGGUUCUGCCGUUACGGCAGCACAGGAAGGUGAAGCGGUCGAAGAGCAGGAGUCACAGCAGGAACAUGCGCCGAGUAGUAGUUUAGAUGAAGGCACCAUGUCGAGCAAAGGGGGGGAGCUAAUGGCACAGAGUCAUUCGCCACAAGAAACGCAAGCAGAUGCUAAGAGGCAGGAAUUGCCCGAGCAAAGCUCGCCAUUACCACUGCUGCAACAUCAAUAUAUUCAUCAGCAACCAUCACAACAACAACCAGAACCUGCAUCACCUCCACAACAGCAGCCAUUGCUGGCGGAAGUGCCAUUGCCACUGUAUCCGUUCAAAAAGCGACUGCGCACCGUCGUUGAGCCAAUGAUGUGUGUGGAAGUGGAGCAAGAGCCCGAUGUGAAGCCUCCAAUCAAAGAACUUUGCACCCCCGAUACCGAUUUUGAUGCUGUCUUUCUUCAAGGCCUGUUGCCCGAAAUGAAAGCGAUGGAUUUUCGUCAGAAGAUAAUCUUCAAGAAACGUAUUUAUGAAGUAAUUGGAGAUAUUUUUGACAGUACACCAAAUAACAACGCAACACAUGGGACGUCUAUUACCAAUAGCAAUGGCACCUCUCCUUGUAAUGGCUAUGUCCCUAACCACAUGAAUGGCUACACGGUCAACGACAACGGUCGAGCUCCAACUCCUGCCACAUCGCCCAGCACCUCCAGUUAUAUCUCACCGCUGAAUACCCUAAACAACGCAUCAUCCGCUCCAACGACCGUUGUAAAUGCGACCGAUUUAGCGCUGCUACGUCGUCUGAGUUCAUUAUUGCAGAGCCCGACAGUGGCGUCUAGCAGCAAUGCUAUGACAGCGCUGCCGAAGAAUGUCGCCUCUAUGUCGUCAGCAGCCAAUCGCCUGACAACAGCUUCAAAUGCAGCGCCACGGAUGACCAACGCAUACCGAGGCGCAAUUACGCGGUCCAGUGCUAACCUUUUGCUCAAUGGGCCACCAUCAGCAACACCAGCGACCAGUCAGGCAGUCAAGCAAGAGUUGUUGGAUGUUGCCGUUUGCAAAUCCCGCUGGCGCAACAUUCGUACCUCCUUUGCGCGUUCCAUUAAUAUCAAUAAAGUGCCAUCCAGCGCGAAUCGUACCAAACCCUAUUACCUACACAAAGAACUGGAAUUUCUCGCACGUCACAUUACACCCGGUAUUCCGGUGUCACGCCGCUCAAGACGCAGCGAAAAGAUUGAGGUGUCGAUCGGCGAGGAAUCAUUUGAUGGUCUCGCCGCUACGGCAGCACAGGACGAUGAAGAGUACGAUGAGCAGUGCACCGAUGAAGAGGAGUCACAGCAGGAACAUGCGUCGAAUAGUAGUUUAGAUGAAGGCACCAUGUCGAGCAAAGGGGGGGAGCAAAUGGCACAACAUAGUCAUUCACCACAAGAAACACAAGCAGAUGCUAAGAGGCAGGAAUUGCCCGAACAAAGCUCGCCAUUACCACUGCUGCAACAUCAGUAUGUACAUCAGCAACCACCACAGCAACAACAACUACAACCAGAACCUGCACCACCUCUACAACAUCAGCCAUCGCCGCCACCGGCACUGCCGCUCGAAUCUACCACUGAAGGGGAAAGCGGCACAGUGGGCGAAGUGUCAUUACCAAUGUAUCCGUUUAAAAAGCGCCUGCGCACCGUCGUCGAGCCAAUGAUGUGUGUGGAAGUGGAGCAAGAGCCCGAUGUGAAGCCUCCAUCCAACGAACUCUGCACGGCCGAUUCGAAUUUUGAUGCCGCCUUUCUUCAAGGCCUGUUGCCCGAAAUGAAAGCGAUGGAUUUUCGUCAGAAGAUAAUCUUCAAGAAACGUAUCUAUGAAGUAAUUGGAGAAAUUUUUGAGAGUACACCAAAUACCAACGCAACACGUCGUCCGUCGCAGCCGAACCCCGCAUACAACGGCAAUGCGUCUAUUGGCAGUAGCAAUGGUCGCACUCCCUCUAAUGGUUAUGCCACUAACCACAUGAAUGGCUCGAUGGUCAACAACAAACGUCGAAGUUCUAUACGUACGCCAACUCCUGCCACAUCGCCUAGCGCCUCCGGUUAUAUCUCACCGUUGAAUACCCUAAACAACGCAUCACCCGCUCCAACGACCGUUGUAAAUGCGACCGAUUUAGCGAUGCUACGUCGUUUGAGCUCAUUGUUACAGAGCCCGACGGUGACGCCUAGCAGCAGCAACAGCGCUAUGACAGCGCUGCCGAAGAAUGCCGCAGGGUGCACCACCAGCAAUACACUGACAACAGCCUCACCACUAUCGCCGGCGGCGACGGUCAGCGUACAUCGGGGCGCAAUGACGCGGUCCAGUUCAAAUCUUUUUCGCACUUCAAUGGUGAAUGGUAUGGCGCUCCCUACAUCCACUGUCAGUGGGCCAUCAUCAGCAACACCAGCGACCAGUCAAGCAGUCAAGCAGGAGUUGUUGGAUGAAUGAGUCAACUACGGCAAAUAUAUUUUUUGUUUUUAAAUAAAAGUGUGUUUUACUAGUUGGAACCUUUUCAUGCUUUAGGUAAAAUCUAGCUUUAGAAUUUUACCGAAGAAUUAGACAUCUUUGUAUGAAUGUAAGAAUGUAAAUAAUUGUGUAAUAUUUCAUGAACAAUAAAUUCACAAUUUUUUUACUGAAUGGACAAAAUUA